AUGUUUUCCAGAGCUAUUCUGGCAGCGAGCUUGCUUGCAGGUUCUGCUAUUAAUACCGCCAAUGCGCUGCCUACCAUUUCUGCGGUAGGAUCCAAGUUUUUCGACAGCAAUGGAUCGCAAUUUUUCAUGAAGGGUAUCGCGUAUCAACUUACACCAGCUGAUCCUCUCGCCGAUACCGAACAAUGUCAACGCGAUGCGAGCUUGAUGAAGACAUUGGGCGCCAACACCAUCCGAGUUUACCACGUUGAGCCAAAUGAGAACCACAGCGGGUGUAUGAGUGCUUUUGAGGAUGCUGGAAUUUAUGCGCUCAUUGAUCUCGACACCUUUACCACCGAUAUUGAUCCUCUUGCAGUAUCAUGGAAUCAAUCGCAAUUCGACGCCUUUGCUCGAGUUAUGGAUUCAUUCGCAGACUACGAUAACGUUCUUGGUUUCUUCAUUGGUAACGAGGUUAUCGCAAUGAACAACCAAUCUCUCGCCGCUCCAUACAUCAAGGCUGCCGCUCGCGAUAUGAAAGAAUACAGAGAUAGCAAAGGUUACAGAAAGAUUCCGAUCGGUUAUUCAGCUGCUGAUAUCGCUGAACUCCGACCUAUGCUUCAAGAUUACCUUGCCUGCGGAACUAACUCUUCCGAGGCCAUCGAUUUCUUUGGCUUGAAUGCAUAUGAGUGGUGCGGGAGCAACACUAUGCAAACAUCUGGUUACAACACUCUCAACACUUAUGCUGAGAACUUGAACAUCCCAAUUUUCUUUUCCGAAACUGGUUGCAACACUGCAAGACCUAGAGACUUUGCCGAUCAAAGCGCAAUUCUGGGCCCAGAUAUGGAUUCUCUUUGGUCUGGCGCUAUCAUUUAUGAGUGGAUUGAGGAAGCUAAUAAUUACGGUCUUAUCUCAUACGGUACAAGCGUUGCUGCUACUGUCACGGCUACCAAUAUCGAAGGUGGUUUCACUCGAGGUGGUACCCCAACUCCAGUCUCCCCAGAUUUCACCAAUCUCCAGAAUCAAUGGAAAACUCUCAACCCAACUGGUGUCAAGUCUUCCGACUACAAGCCAUCAGUCACCCCACCACCAUGUCCUGCCUCUACCGCCGGCGGCUGGCUCGUCGAUGGUGAUGUGAAACUUCCAAGUGUUGGCCAGGUCUUACAAACUGGUUCCGCUUCCACCACCGCACCAGUCGCUGCCGCCAGCAGCACUCCAACCGGAACGGCAGCCAACCCAACCAGCACGAAAGCAGGCGCAAACGGAGGAAAAGAGAUUACAGGAAUGAGCAUCGGACUUGUCGGUGUGAUGUUGGGGUUCAUGUACUGGCUAUAA